ACUCCCGGUUCAAGAAUGUGACGUCAUUACGCGAUGUCUGGUCAACAACUCAGCUGUUGAAGGGAGGCCGGAGGAAAAUAGAAAAACACAUAACACCGGUCCCUUUAAGGGAGCAUUCGCCACUUAACCAGAUAUUUAAUUGAAAAUAUAAAUUAUUCGAAGGAAUUUCAGUGGUGUUUUAUUUUUUAAAAUACUGGUGGAGGAAAUCUAAUAACAAAAAAGCAGGACGUAAGCGCAAGGAGGGGGUGAGAGGAAAAUGGAGUUGGAGGAUGGAGUUGUGUACCAGGACGACCCGGGGACGUCGGCUAUGAUGUCGGAGCGGGUAUCCGGCCUGGCCGGCUCCAUCUACCGCGAGUUCGAGAGGCUUAUCGGCAAGUACGACGAGGAUGUGGUGAAGGAAUUGAUGCCGCUGGUUGUAGCGGUGUUGGAGAAUUUAGACUCCGUGUUCGCGGAGAACCAGGAGCAUGAAGUAGAGCUGGAGUUGCUCAAGGAAGACAACGAACAGCUCAUAACCCAGUACGAGCGGGAGAAAGCGCUGAGGAAACACGCUGAGGAGAAGUUUAUCGAGUUUGAGGAUUCCCAGGAACAGGAGAAGAAGGAGCUGCAGGGCCGAGUGGAGACACUGCAGUCACAUGCCCGACAACUAGAGCUCCGGACCAAGAACUAUGCUGACCAGAUCAGCAGGUUGGAGGAGCGCGAGGCGGAGCUGAAGAAAGAGUUUAACUCCCUCCAUCAGAGGCACACAGAGAUGAUUCACACCUACAUGGAGCUCCUGGAACGCAGUAAACUCCAGCAGCUUGGAGAAGGAACUGAGGGCGGAACACUGGGGAGAAUUCGGAAGGAGAGGCCGCUGUCCCUGGGGAUAUUCCCACUAUCCACAGGGGGCGCUGUUCACACCCCUGAACCUCAGAGGAAGGCGGAGACUCCUACCACAGACACAUGGAAGUGUAACAACCUCAACCAAUCACGGGGUGGCACCAGCCUCAAGCAGCCGGAGUCUGAGGGGCUAAAGGGAAAGAGCUCGCAGGACGCCUGGGCCAACUCGUUGGCUGACGAGAGCAAGGAUGAGCUGUCUAAUGUCAGCCACGGGACCACGGCCAUGUCCACCACGGACACGCCCCAGAAAGAGGCGGGGUCAAAGGGGAUGAACAUCAGCUGUAAGAACAUUGAGGUCCAAGCAACGCCUGGCACCAGGACUGUGUCUGCAGGUGCAGCGGAAAACGAGACGUCGGACGUGCAGGCCAUCAUAGAGUCCACGCCUGAGCUGGACAUGGACCCGGGGGGCAGAGGACCCAGCUCUCCGUCCGGGGGCUUUGAGAACCUGGCCUUCGACCGCAACACGGACUCCCUGUUCGAGGAGCUCUCCUCCGCAGGGACCGACCUCAUCGGGGACGUGGAUGAGGGGGCAGACCUGCUGGGGAUGGGCCGUGAAGUGGAAAAUCUCAUCCUGGAAAACACACAGCUGCUGGAGACCAAAAACGCGUUGAACGUGGUGAAGAAUGACCUCAUGGCACGUGUGGACGAGCUCGGGUGCGAGAGGGAGGUGCUGCAGGGGGAGCUGGAUGCGCUCAAACAGGCCAAGACACGGCUGGAGGACAAGAACCGCGAACUGGAGGAGGAGCUAAAGAAGGUCCGGGCCGAAGUGGAGGAGGUGAAACAGAAGUCUAAAGAUGAGGAAGAUGGAGACCUCCCGACUGCGCAGAGGAAGCGCUUCACACGGGUGGAGAUGGCGCGCGUGCUGAUGGAGAGGAACCAGUACAAGGAGCGGCUGAUGGAGCUGCAGGAGGCUGUGCGCUGGACUGAGAUGAUCCGAGCCUCCAGGGAGAACCCAACACUCGCAGAGAAGAAGAAGUCCAGCAUCUGGCAGUUCUUCAGUCGGCUCUUCAGCCCUUCCUCCAGUACUGCGGUUAAGAAAUCCGAGCCGUCCUUCAACGUGAAGUUUGGCCCUCCGGGCUCCCAUUCCGGAUCCACGGGGAUGAAGAGGAGCAAAACCCUGUCCGAGCUCCCCGGGGAUAAAUCCAAAGUGUUCGACUUCCUCAGCGAGGAAGGUGCGGGCAGCCCGGCGCUGCGCAGGGAGCACAGGAGAGCGGCGCACAGGCAGGUGAAGCCGCAGGUGCAGAAGCAGGACGGCCGGGUGCAGGCCCAUGGCUGGAGCGUCCCGCACAAGCACAAGGCGACCAAUGGCGGGCAGGCGGAGGCCAGGAUGAAGAAUCUACCCGUGCCCGUGUACCUGAGACCCCUCGAAGACAGAGACACGUCAAUGAAGGUGUGCUGUGCUGCGGGCGUCGACCUGUCUGGCGGGGGGGCACGUGAUGUUCCCGGGGAAGACACCAAAAGCCACAAGCAGAGGAAGGGUUCGCAGAGCAGUUUGGACCAGCCAGAGCAGGACCCCCAGGAGGGGGACGCAGAGCCACCCGAGGAGCCGUCGAGCCUGGUGUGGAUCUGCUCCAGCUCCCAAAACGAGGCCAAGAUCACCGUCCUGAACGCCAAGGAACCAGCGCACCCCCUGCAGACUUUUCCCGCCCACAGCACACACAUACUGUGCAUCUGCAGCGUCCCAGGUGUUCAGGACACAGACUACCCUGUAGGAGAGGAGAUCCCUCUGCAGUCGCAGGAUGAUGUCACCGCGUCAGGCAGUGAGGGCAUGCUGGGUAACAUCACAGCAGUAGGCUGCACAGUGGAGGGAGGGGACGGGGUGGCAGCCAUCGCCAUGGCAUCCAGCGCCCCCCAAACUGAGCCCAGCACAGGGCCGCCCCUAGAGCCCCACCCCUCAGAGGAUGAUGUCACUGCUGCAGAGGAGGCUACUGAGGCCACAGAAGCCAGCGAAGGGGGUGGCGAGGGAGAGGCGGGAGAGGGGGAGGGGCUUGACAUCAACCGGCCAAUCGUCUUCACAGAACAUGUGUUCACGGACCCCCUGGGGGCACAGAUCACAAAAGAUGCCCCAGCUCAUCCCUACAUGCAGAGAGAGGGGGAGGGGUCAGGGAGCGGGGGGGCUGAGCUGGAAGAGAGCGAGGAGUCGGAGCCUCACAUGAGCAGCGCCCUGCCUACCAUGUGGCUGGGGACUCAGAGUGGAGGCCUCUUUGUUCACUCGGCCGUCUCUCAGUGGAAGAGGUGUCUCCAUUCUAUAAAGCUGAAGGAGUCGGUGCUGUGCAUUGUCCAUGUGAAGGGGCGUGUCCUGGUGGCUCUGGCUGAUGGGACAUUGGCCAUAUUUCACAGAGGCUCCGACGGCCGGUGGGAUUUGACCAACUACCACCUGCUGGACCUGGGCCGGCCGCACCACUCUAUCCGCUGCAUGGCUGUGGUCCACGACCGCGUGUGGUGCGGGUACAGGAACAAGAUAUACGUGGUCCAGCCCAAAACCAUGAGGAUAGAGAAGUGCCUGGAUGCGCACCCUCGGAGGGAGAGCCAGGUGAAGCUGCUGGCCGGGGCGGGCGACGGGAUCUGGGUGUCCAUCCGGCUGGACUCCACGCUCCGCCUCUUCCACGCGAGCACCUACCAGCACCUGCAGGACGUGGACAUCGAGCCCUACGUCAGCAAGAUGCUGGGCACAGGAAAGCUGGGAUUUUCUUUUGUUCGGAUCACUGCUCUGAUGGUGUCCAGCAGCCGCCUCUGGAUUGGAACUGGGAAUGGCGUGAUCAUCUCCAUCCCUCUCACAGACACUGACAGGGCAGGUCCGCCGGCGGGGAAUCGGCCGGGCAGCGCCGUGCGUAUCUACGGAGACGAGCACGGCGAGGUGGAGGCCGCCGCCACGUCCGUGCCCUUCUGCUCCAUGGCGCACGCCCAGCUCUGUUUCCACGGACACAAGGACGCAGUCAAGUUCUUCGCUGCCGUUCCAGGUCAGGUGAUUCCCCCCGCGGGGCCCGCAGGGGAUGCCGGGUCUGAGGGGCCAGGCUCCUCUGAGCCCCAGAGCCAGGAGCUGGUGAAUCCCAUGCUGGUGAUGAGCGGAGGAGAGGGAUACGUGGACUUCCGGGCAGGGGACGAGGGGGCCGAGACAGAGGAGCAGGAUGAGUCCAAACCAGCAGCCCAACCUGCCACCGACCGCAGUCACUUGAUCGUCUGGCAGGUCAUGUGAUCCCGGCAAGUCAUGUGAUAGCCAGCCUUGUCCGUGGGGGCCCAUGGGUGAGGAAGAGGAAGACCUGUGUGUUCUACCAAGGAGGCUCAGAGGCUCUGCACGUUUCUGUGUUUUUUGAUAUACAAAUUAUAAUUGUUACAUUUUUUUAUUACUGUUGAUGAAAUUAUUUAGUCUUUUUUUUUUUUUUUUUACUUUGUGGCAGUAAGAUUGUGAGGGCCUAACAGGGCAAAGGGGUGUUGGUGAGGUAACUGGGGUUGUCCUCCCCUUUUAAUCUAUCCUAUCCCUCACUCUGCCUUCCUCCCCCCUCCCUCUCUGAUGCUUGCUUUCAUUCAUUUUACUAUUUAAAUCCUUUAUGGAGGGAAAGGGAUUCAGUGAUUGGACACCGUUAUCUGCUGCUCCUGCCACUCUUCCGUCCAGCUGUGCCAUGGUGAUCUUUCUUUGGGAGAGAGUUAACAAGUGCAUGCAUCUGUACGGUCUGCACUACACACUCCUACCAAUAUAUGUUUCGACAAACAACACUUCUUUGUACUUUUUAGGAUUUUCUCUGAGUGUAAAAACACCAUAUAUAACAUGAGAUUAACAAGUCUCAAGUAACACUAAAGAAUAAUGGUCUCCUUUAACAGCUUUUCUGUCCACAUUUUCUACUUCUCAUCUUUAAAGAUCACAAAAGGGAAACCUGUAUUUGUUUCACAGGGAAACUAAAAUGUAACUUGCUAUGUUGCAGAUAAUUAUCCGCAUGCCACAAGCUAUCGUUUUCUCGACUGCAUCUUUAUUAAUUGAUUUCAUGUUUUGUCAUAAAUGCAAUCUGAAACUUGUAAGGAAGUUUUUUUAAAUGUAUUUUUUGUACUUUGUCAGUAAGACGAUUUAAUAUGUUUGUUCUCUGUAAUAUGAGGGACGUUUCAUGUAUUGUCUGUAAACAGGGGUUGGGGAAAAGAACAAAACAUAUCACAGUGUCAUUCCAGUAUUUAUUUUUUAUGAACGAAACUUUGUGGAUCAAGGAUUUAAAUUUGUACAUGAAUUGUAUAUUAGACAUAUAUUGUUUAAAAAAAGGAAAUCUUGUAUGGUAUGGUUUGUGGGUACACAUUGUGAUCACAGAGAUGCAUAAAAGAUCGAGAGGUGAAGUGGCUACUAUGCUGAGACUCCUGAAUCCUGUAUAGAUUAUCAGACUGCACAUUUGUUGUACUGAGCUAUGCAUGUUUCAUAAAACAAACACAGCAGUGUACGUCUUGUGGCCAGAGUUGUCAUGGUCACCGUCUUUGGUCCCAUUUUUGAUUUUUGGGUGGGCAGAACUUUUGGCUGCUGGGCGAUAGUCUGCUAGCUAACGUUAGCCUUUCACUAUAACGGACAUGGAAUUGAGCAUGAAGGGAAUGACAUUCCCUGGAAUACCCAAUGAUAAUGACUGUUAAUACCAUUAAUGACCAACAGUGUGGUUUUACCCUUCAUUGAAUUACACAGCAGGCUUAUGGCCCUUCGGACCAUAAUACAAGAAUACAUAAUGCUCCAUGAAAUACCUUUGCCAGUGUUUUGUGUUAGGCACAAUCCUUUAAUGUUAAUUGUGUCAGAUUGGCACCCGGGCACAGACGUGUGGCUGAACAUCUGAAGGUAAUUUGUUAUGAACGUUUCAAUAUUUUAAAUAUGGCCCUUUUCCAGUCUUUUGGGAUGAGUAAGCUAAGGUUGGCUAAUGGACUAGCGCUAGGCACAUAUCCUGUUCUGUGGAGUUCCAGAUUUGGUUAGGGGGCGGUGCCCACAGCCUCCAGAGGCUUGUUGCCGUGACAGCAGUUUCUGCUGUUAGGUCUGUAGCUGAAAAGCAUCAUGGCCUUAAUUUUAAUAGCAUAUUAAACAUGGGGAAUUUACA